AUGACGACAAUGGAUCUUCGCGUCGGCAACAAGUACCGCAUCGGACGAAAGAUUGGCAGCGGUAGUUUUGGUGAUAUCUACCUCGGCACCAACAUCAUCUCAGGUGAGGAGAUCGCCAUCAAGCUCGAGAGCGUCAAGGCCAAGCACCCGCAGCUUGAGUAUGAGGCUCGCGUCUACAAGUCCCUCGCCGGUGGGGUCGGUAUUCCAUUCGUACGCUGGUUCGGAACUGAAUGUGACUACAAUGCCAUGGUUUUGGACCUCCUCGGCCCUAGUCUGGAGGAUCUCUUCAACUUCUGCAACCGUAAAUUCUCCCUCAAGACUGUGCUCCUCCUUGCUGAUCAGCUCAUCUCCCGCAUUGAGUACAUCCAUGCCAAGUCCUUCAUCCACCGUGAUAUUAAGCCGGACAACUUCCUCAUGGGCAUCGGUAAGCGUGGAAACCAGGUCAACGUGAUUGAUUUUGGUCUGGCCAAGAAGUACCGAGACCCGAAGACUCACUUCCACAUCCCGUACCGUGAGAACAAGAACCUGACUGGUACUGCCCGUUAUGCUAGUAUCAACACUCACUUGGGAGUUGAACAAUCUCGCCGUGAUGAUAUGGAGUCUCUUGGAUAUGUCAUGCUCUAUUUCUGCCGUGGAUCCCUCCCCUGGCAAGGCCUCAAGGCUGCGACGAAGAAGCAAAAGUACGACCGCAUCAUGGAGAAGAAGAUGACCACUCCUACCGAGGUCCUUUGUCGUGGCUUCCCCAACGAGUUUGCCAUCUACCUUAAUUACACGCGCUCCCUCCGCUUCGAUGACAAGCCCGACUAUUCUUACCUCCGCAAGAUCUUCCGCGAUCUCUUCGUUCGUGAGGGCUUCCAGUAUGACUACGUCUUCGACUGGACGGUCUACAAGUACCAAAAGAACGCCCAGGCCAUUGCUCAGGCUGCCGGAAAUCAAGGCGCGGGAGAGGAAGACGACAAGACUGGUCGUGGCCGUCACGUCACCACCACCAACGCUGCCAAUGCUGGUACUACGGCCGCUACCACAAAGCGUGGUCCUGUCAAUGCACGUCAAGAGGGCACCGGAAUGUGA